GCUCUUAAUGAAGUAGAAGAGGAAGCAUCACCAAUCUAUCAAUCAGAAAAUGGACACCGUGACUAUCUGAAUUUCAGAUCCAGCAUCAGUUCUGACAGGCUGCUUCGGUUAUUGAGAGAAGAAAAUUCCUUGGUGAAUUCUCCGUUGUGGGCUGAAAAGGAUAGGAGAAAAACUGCCUUAUCACAGGAAUCAAAUGUGCCUUUGACUCCAACAACUGUUUCUCCAUCAUUGGAUCAGUCAGCCCUCAAUGCUACCAGUGUAGUCAAGAGAAUCCAUUCAAGACUUCAGAAUGAAGAUGAAGAAGAGACCAUAGACUCUGCUUACACUGUGAGACAAGUGUUGAACCCGAACUCAAGAAAACCAAAGCAAAUGGCAGCAAAAAUGAAAAGAAAACAAGCUUCACAGAACUCUGCAAGACAGAGGAGAGAUGAUUCUCCAGCUAAUUCAAUCCCCAUUGACCUUCGGAGGGACAACAAAUACAGUCUAGAUGUUCUCAACCGCAUGAUACAUGAAGUGGAGCAUGAAUUAGAGGAAUAUGAGCGAUGUACAGGUCGUGAGGUUCAAAAAACUGAGAGAAGUGAAGGCCUCACGGGGUUCACCUUGUCACUGGUGAACGCUCUCUGUCGUUUAAUGCGCUACCUCAAAGAGAGUGAAAUGCAGCUACGUGAGAAAGAGGUGAUGAGGCAGCAGCAUGAGGAGAUGAUGAAUGAACACAGAGAACUGAUUGAUGCUCUGACUGCAGAAAUACUUCUAGUGAGGGAAGAAAACAUUUCCAUGCAGAAGCAGCUUCAGCAAUAUAUGACAGUAACAGAUGAACAUCUGGUCUCUCUCACACAAGCAUUUAAAAGUCUCCCUUUGGUGGAACCUAGAAGAGAAGAAAGUCCAAACCAUUUUGGAAUUGCAGGCAAAGGUUCAGUGAAUGGCCAAGAAAAACCUGAUUUGAGCUAUUUUGAGCCCAAGACUGAUGCGGACAACAGGGAAAAUAUGCUGAAAUUCCCACAGGAAGAACUUCCUUUCAAGUUUGUCCAGAGGUCAAGUGCUUCAGGUGGUGUGGGAGCUGGUAGAAGCUUGCCAUCUCACAUCUUCCAGCCAGCUGUGCUGUUGUCACCCCCUCGGCAGAAGAGCAGUCAGGAAUUGUCUCCCCUCCAGAACGUGUUUACAGCCAUUUCUCAGUCUCCUGAAAACACUGAAAGAGAACCAUGCAAGGAAAGGAGCUCACCUUCCUCCCUCAGAACUCAGAGCACAACAGAGGAAAGCUGUCUCAUCUCUCGAAGGCAACCAGUUCCUCCUGCAGACAGAGACUUGGAGAGUUCCCAUGAGAAAAUCAGUCUGCCCUGCCCAAGUGACACUAGGAAAAACAGCACAGCUGAAGAGUUACUUCAAAAUGGUGAUCUGCUGGGACAGAUAGCUGAGCUCACACGGCAGAACUCUCUAAUUAAAGCUCAACUGAGCAAAUUCAGAGGCCUCUCUGAAGACACAAGUGACUGUCUACAUCAGGCAGACCUAAUACGAAAUGCAGAUCCUAGUCUGGACUCUUCACAAGGACAGACUCAUCUCAUGGUAUCGAAGAGCUUGGAGGAAAGAAUAGCAGAGCUGAAUCGUCAGAGUACAGAAGCACGAGAUAAACUCUUGCAGCUAAUAGACCAGCAGAAAUUAGCUGCUGCCGAUAUGGUCCCGCCAUCGAUAUCUCCUGUUCUGCCCCCUUCCCUAAAUUAUACUGAAAAUGCAAGGAGGAAGAUUGAAGUGUCUAUUCCUGUGGCAGUUGCUACAGACGGCUCCAAAGAAGAUAGUGUCUCCCCUGCCAGUAUGACGAGUAUAAGAAGGUCUGUAGGAGACUCUAGCAAAUCUUGUUCACCCUUAAGUGCCACAUCAGAAAGUGUGAAAUUAACUUCUCUCAGCCAAAGGCCAAAGGUGGAAAAGCAAAAAGAAGAAGGCUGGUUUGCAUUGUCAAUGCACAUUAUGUAA